CGAGAUCAGAACAGCAAACGGUUAUGAUGUAUACCACCAUUCAAAUGACUUACAUUUAAAAUAUGAAAACCGUAUAGAGCAUGUCAAAAACAUCUGUGAAACGGAUGGAUUAACAAAACCAAAUAACUUCACAUUUCUUCAUCACAAUUAUUGUGACAUUGAGGGUUAUAAUAUUUCACUUUGUAAGGUUCCGAAAUGUGGAUCUACAUAUUGGAUGCAGGUAAUAAAUGUCUUGAAAUCUGGAAUUUCAGACAUAGAUUCUAUUGUAAAAAAAGACAGACGAGAACUUCACAUAGUUAAAGAGACAUGUAAUAACAAAUUAGUAAGAUUAUCCAGACAAGCAAUGAAAAUCGUUCUGAUCGGUCGCGACCCUUACGCACGGAUAUAUUCUGCUUAUGUUGAUAAGUCAUACCUCGGCUUUAAAACAAAUAAUAGUACAUUGAAACGAACAAACAAUUGUUCCUUUGUUGAACAACCGUUUAUAGAAUCCUUUCAGGAGUUUCUACAAAACGUGUUUGAUGAUUUGAAUGAACGUAAAAGCAAUUCCCACUGGACACCGGUCUUUAUCCUCUGUAAUCCAUGCCAGUCAAAUAUAUUUUUACAAAUAAAACUUGAAGAGCUCUCCAAAGAUAUGAAUUAUAUAUAUUCACGGAUAGGAUUUAGCGAAGACCUACAGACACAAAUUAAGAAACUGUCGACAUGUAGAAUAGAUACUUUGACAGGAAUAGCGUCUACAAUAUUUCAAAAACACAUGGACACAAAAUGUAAGAAUAGCUUUCUAAUAGCAAAACGGCUGUGGGUGUCGUUUCAGUUACAAGGAUAUAUUAAUGAAAAGUCUAAAUUUCCAGGACAAUUAGCUGAUUUCAAAUACACCAAUUCAAGCGAGGUAGCGACAAAAUUGUUUAUGAAACUGAUAUCGAAUGAAAUGUCAGCAAACCCAUUAUCAAAAUCUGAAGCUAAUACACAGAGGUACACAAACCUUGUCCGUGCAUACAGGAAUGUUCAUUCUGAUAGUAUCUUGAAAAUACAACAUUACUUUAAAAUGGAUUUUCUAUUAUUCAAUUACAGUAUGUUUCCACCACAAUAGCCUUAAUACGUGUUCACUUGGUGUAAUUUUAGAGAGAGAAAAAAUCUUCCUUUUUCGAAAUUCAUACUUUCAUACCUAUUCUAGCCUACAAAAAAGGAAAUUGGUGGGUAUGCAGUCAUUUAAG